AUGCAGCGUUCCGAUUUCUCAGCACAUGCAGACAAAGGUCAGGCCGUUGCUUCCGCAAAAGAGGCUACAGCAGCUGCCGCAGCAGCUUCCUACAAAGACAAGGGGCAAACAGAGGGUGCCGAAGAAGCAGCCGAGGGGCCACUACCGCGAGGUGACAGAGAAGCAGCAGCAGGAGCCAACCCACGAAAAAUUCAUCGCCUCUGACCACGGGCUGCUGAAGAUUCUGCUGCUGCUGCUGCUGCUGCUGCUGCUGCUGCUGCUGCUGCUGCUGCUAUUGCUGCUAUUGCUGCUGCAAAAGCUGCUUCUUCCACUGCUAAAGCGAUCAGCAUUACCUCUGCGGCUGCCGUAGCUGGGGAGCUUUUCCCAGUAUUCUUCGCAGCUUCCGAGCUGGCAGCAGCAGCUGCAGCAGCAGCAGGAGCAGCAGCGAACUGCUCCUCUGCUGCAGCUGCUGCUGCAACUAUACGUGGUAUAGGCACAUCCAUUGAGGCGUGCAUUCCCGCGCAUAUCUGGUGCACACACGUAGAUGCAAGAACUCAUGACGCACAAUAG